AUUAGUUAGCCAGCUCUUGCUCCAAACAGAUGCCCAGAAGGUUGCUCCAGAACUGAGUGUCGGGACAAAGGGAAACGCAAAAGGAAUUUCCACACCAAAACAAAACAUACGCUAAUUUAUAAACAAAAGGCAAAAAAAGAGUGUGGGUGUGAAAAAAAUAGAAACACAAAGGAAACGAAAAUGAAGCCAACUAAGAAUUCAACUUUGGAAAUCAUCUCACCCAAAGUGCAGGUGAAUGAUGAUUUCAUUGAGACCCUCUAUGACUAUCACACGUCCCAGGUGAAACGCACUGCCAAUGGACAAUUACAGGUGCACCCCGAGACGACCACGUUGAAGAUACGCACUGGUCGUCAAGUGCCCAAAUUGGGGGUCAUGCUGGUCGGUUGGGGUGGCAACAAUGGAUCCACCUUAACCGCUGCCCUGGAGGCGAAUCGUCGUCAGUUGAAGUGGCGCAAACGUACGGGAGUUCAGGAGGCGAAUUGGUAUGGUUCGAUUACCCAAGCAUCGACUGUCUUUAUUGGCUCUGAUGACAGCGGAGCUGAUGUCUAUGUGCCCAUGAAGGAUCUGCUGCCCAUGGUGGAGCCCAAUGACAUAGUUGUCGAUGGUUGGGACAUUAGUAAUUUGCAUGUGGGUGAUGCCAUGCGUCGUGCUGAGGUCUUGGAUGUGGCUCUCCAAGAUCAAUUGUACGAACAUUUGUCCACACUUAAGCCCCGUCCAUCGAUCUAUGAUCCGGAUUUCAUAGCGGCCAAUCAAUCGGAUAGAGCCAACAAUGUCAUCAGGGACCGACGGAGCUUGGAGUGCGUCGACGUGGCUGUAUCAUGGAAGUGA